AAUUGUUCUAUCCGUACCGUGACACUUCAAAAUGGCGGAAGGAGCAACGGAUGCAAAAAGACGAAAAACUGAAGAAAUUGAUCCUGUUUUCCGGUCGUUCUUAACAAAGAACGAUAAAAAGUACCAGUUGGAACAGGCAUUGUUGAAUUUAAAUAGGGGGAUUAGUGUGAACCUAGCAACAUUACGUAUAGACGACUGUAAUGCACGUUCAUCUGAGAGAUUCAGUAAAGCAACCGUAAAAGUUAAUCCAAUCAAGUGGAUUGAAGAUGGUGAUGGAAUUAAAGGCAGCCCUGUAGGAGACAUUUUUGUUGAUGGACUAGAUGUUUUGAAAAAUUACUUAGAUAAAACGAGUCCGAAAGUUCCAACAGAUGUCUUGAUGCAGAAGGCAUUGCUGCGACUUCUCAAAUUUCUGUCGGAAAAAGAUCACCCUGUAUUAUUUGAAGAAAAGAGCAGUGGAGCACAGUGGCCAGUUACAGUUGCCCAGCAUCUUUUAUCAAAGCUAGCAGUGAAUAGUACCUACACUGUUAGUGCAUGCCCAGAUACCAUGUGGCAGGAUGAGACAGUAUGUCCAUGUAAAGAGGGGGAUCAGUUAGCUGGUACAAUAGGAGACACCAGUUACGGUUGUAAGGAAGGAUGGCAUGGAAGCAGUGAUAUUUUAAUGGAAGAUCUUCCAGUCUUAGUAAUUCAUAAUGAAGAUGAAGACCAAUCCGUUUCUACUACCGAUGAUGAAGAUUUCAUGCAAAAAGAUUUACACCAACUUAUCGCUCAGACUAUUGUGUUUUCAUUUCUGCAGCGAAAAAUGAACAGAGGAAACUUCAAGAAUUCAUUAGUACCUGGAAUAGGAAUUGCUGGAAGCAGAAUGGUUUUCUAUUUUUAUGACUCAGAAAAUGAUGUGCUUUUAGCAAGUAAACCUAUGGAAUUGUUUGAAGGAAACACAUUUAUGACUUCACCAGUUCUGUUUCUUUGGCUUACUCUGAACUACAGGAUCUUCGGUACAGGACUCACUGAUAAAAUGAAAACUUACAAAGCGGAAUUUUUCAAAAGGGUGGAUGAACGUUUGGAAAUGUAUACUCAUAAUGUAGAAAGACCUGUGCACAUACCACAGAUAAGUGAAGAAAGUUUGUUUCCUUGGACACAAGAGACUAGAGAACCUGAAAAUGUAAACAGUUCACAUAUAGAGUACACAAGCUUUGAUACUUGAAUCGGGGCUUUUACUUUAGGGUCUGCAGUCCUUUGUACUUGCGGAUGGUGUAAUUAAAUUUUGCAUUCAAGA